AUACUCUGGAGGUUCCCUCCUGUUAUGAACUGUUUGUUCUACGUUGUCUACAUCUAUCCAGUGUAUGGUCAACUAUUCUUUUAAACUUGAUCCAGAGUUCCUCUUCAUAAAACUACGGCAAUUUCAUCGAUAUUGCUAUAAAAUAAAUACCCGAAAUACGAGGAGCCUAAGUAAAUGGAAAAUAUACAAUCUAAAGUUCAUUACAGUAUACUUAAUAGCAGAUAAUGAGGGAGUAUUUUGCACUCAUUUCGGUAGGAAACGAGAAGUUAUGGAUACGUUGGCAACACUGUCGUGUAACCAACGUGACGCCAGUGAUUGCUUCUGUUUCUGACGUCGGGGGAAGGAACAAGGAAGACGACAGCAGAAAUAUGAAAAGUGAAGUCCGUAAAAGUCACCACCAUAGUCGUCAUCGCCAUCAUGAGCGCCAUUCUAAACAUAAACGACGGCAGGAAAGUUCAUCGAAAACAGCCACUGAUGACGCAUCCCCAGCUCCUGUUCCGUCAGAUACGUCGGGAAGUGAGAGAUGUUUUCCUGUUGCCAAGGACCAAUGUGGUGCUAGUGGCAGUGAAUCUCCCGAAAACGUUGCACGGAAACCGCGACAAAGGGACGGUGAAAACACGCGUUGUGAUGUGGUGACAAUUUCAAUUAGUGACACUGAUAACGACGCAGAAGGAGAUGAAGAGAAAGCCAAGAGAAGAAAGAAGCACAGGCAUAAAGAAAAAAAGAAGAGAAGACAUUGCAGGAAACAAAGGUUGGACGACGAUCACACAGCUAAUCAUUUAAGUGAAUCGCGAAGGAAACGUGAUGGGGAAACUGAUAAUGACCGUUCGCCUGAUCAUCAGCAUGAACAACAACAGAUGCUAGUGAGGGUGAAACAGGAACCACUAAGCAGUGAUGAAGAGACAAGGCGCCGUCAAAGAGCAAAGGGCCAGAAACAAUCAGCAGACGUUAACGACAGGAACUUGCAUUCCAACAGCAGUCACAACAGUUUGAGGCCAGACCAUCGUAUAAAGGAGGAACCCCGUGAUCGCUCUAGUUCUGGUGAGCGAAAGCCCCACCCAGAGCUACUUAGACGUGUUAAGCCAGAGAGGAGGAAUGGAACCAGUGAAGAUCACCACAGCCACCGAGAUCGGAGGAAUGGCCGGGUGAACGGUGAAUCAUCGUCAUCCGUAAAGACUGAAAGGGAUGAUGAUUCUCGUUCAAGGAGUAGGAGCAGAAGACGGAGGAACGAUGAACAGGAGGAGCGAUCCAGGGACCAUGUUGGUGAUUCACGGGAAGGUCCUCGCCGAAUAAAACGUGAGCGUCCUACCGAAGACGAGAGGGAGUACGAGUGGGGCAAGUCUGACAACAAACAGGCUGCAAAUAACAACUCUGGAGGCCCUUCCUCAGCUGAGGAUAAGAAGAAGCCAAACUUUGGCCUGUCGGGGAAACUGACAGAAGAUGUCAAUGUUUACAAUGGUGUUGUUAUCAAGUACAGCGAGCCUCCAGAAGCUCGCAAGCCGAAACGUCGGUGGCGAUUUUACCCAUUCAAAGGCGAUGAGGCAUUGCCUACACUGUACCUUCACAGACAGUCUGCAUUCCUGAUUGGCCGUGAUAGAAAGGUGGCUGAUAUCCCUGUGGACCACCCAUCGUGUUCGAAGCAGCACGCAGCCCUGCAGUACAGACUUGUGCCUUUCACUCGAGAAGAUGGAACAAAAGGCAAGAGAGUGCGACCGUACAUCAUCGACUUGGACUCUGCUAACGGCACGUACGUGAACAAUAAGCGUAUUGAGGCACGGAAGUACGUGGAACUGAUGGAGCGAGAUGUUAUUAAAUUUGGAUACAGCUCAAGAGAUUAUGUUUUGUUACACGAACACAGCAAAGGCGACGAAGAAGACGACGAUCAGAAUGGGUAGUCACAAAUGGCUGUCCGGGACAUACUUUGAAGGAAGGUAGUUGCCUGUUUUACUGAACUGGUUAGUUAACGUUUACUUGAAUGGGUGAAAAAAAAGUGAUUCAUUUGUUGAUAUUGUUGAAUGGGCUCCAUUCAUCUAGACCACUUUGUCAUAUUGUGCCCACUAGGCAAAAAUUUCCACUGAUUAAUGACAGCGCUAGACUGCCUCAUUUUGUAUCACGUUGGUUGUGAUUCAUCAGAAUCGGUCAUUAAACCUCAACAAUGGCACUUUGUCUUUCUUUUCACCAUGCUACUUACAUUGGUGGCUGUUGUUGUUGUUGUAACAAUUCUAAUAGCAGUAAAAGUACCUGUUUCAUCUAUAAAGUUAAUAAUAAUGCUGUUGUCUGAUAGUGGAGGAAAUGUUCAUAGUAGAAUAUGCGUUGGUGCCAUAUUAUUUAACUCAAUACUUCAAAAAGAGCAGAGAGGAGGACUAACUUCACCACAAGGGAAGUUGGUUAUGGUAGUGAUAACUCACUAGACUUAGUCCAUUGUAUGUUGUGCAGUGACGUGGUCCCUGAGAAGUGUGUAGUAUGUUAUCUGUGGCACUUUUGCAUUUAAGACACAAAUGACUGUGAUAUAGUUAUAAAAAACAGGGUAUGGGUUGAACUUGGGUAAAGUAAAGAUUCUUUCAGUUUAAUCCUUUCUUGCCAUUUGGCACUUGCAGUUACGUACAACUGAAUUUUAAUUACAAUACAGAGGUGAAGUUAAUUGAUACGAAUUCAAUCACACAUUUUUAAAGGGAGCAGACAGUGCUUCAGUAUAUUUUUUGUUUUGUUGUUUCAGUUGUAGAACAGCAUUUGCAUUUUUACUAUAGACAUAGUUAUUCAUGGGUACCCAUUUGUAUUGUUUAUGUAAUAGCCGGUAAAACCUGUGUGUGUGUGUGUGUGUGUGUGUGAGUGAGGGGGGGGGGGGGGGGGGGGGGGAGAUUAAGUCUAAUUACAAUUUUCAGCUGCUUGUGAAGACACUCUGACUAAUAAAACUUUUUGACCACUGCAUCAUGACAAUCACAUACAUUGAAUUCCCAUUUUCCCCAACAUGUUCACUGGAAUAUGUAAGUUUUGCUUUCAUUGUGUAAAUUAUAUUUCUGUUAGCAGAACACCUAGAAGGUAUUGCUAGAUGAAAGACAUUUUGAGGAUGUUAUAUAAGGUGGUACAGGCAGGGUGCAUCACCAAACUCAGAACAAUUUAUUAGUUUCUUUAGAUAAAAUUUUGUUUGUGAAAUAUUUAAUAUUAUGAAAAAUUCUUUACAUGUGUAGAACACAGUAUUUCAACCCAACCUCUUUUAGCAUAAACAAUGACCUCCAAUAUCUGUUUGAAGUGCAUGUGUGCACAAAAUUAUGUAUCAUAGUCUAUAUUGGCAAGUGCUGCCUACCUCUGUGGUGGUCAUGAAUGACAUCAGAUUGGCAUGUUGAGAUUUGUUGGAAACCCUUUCAACUACUGUCUGUGUGCCGUAGUCCAUGAGAUCUAAAUUAGGAGUGUUGGCACGCUAAAAUUACUUAGGAAAAAUCAAAUCAAAAUUGUGUAAAAUACAGUAUUGUGCCAGAUAACUUAUGCACUGUCUUGCUGAAAAACAUGUGGAGUUCAUCAAAAAUAUGGAGACAUGACAUGACCUCACAGGACACAGUGGUGAGCUUGUGAACUUGUCAGAACUGACAGGAAUUAUUUUUUCUGUCCAUAAGAUACGUUCACACCAGAAAAGAAAUCUGAUUCGCCCCAUGGCAUUGUUGGUCAAAAAAACACAAAAAAAAAAAAAAAAAAAAAAACAGUGACUGACAGGUUUUGCUUUCUCAGUUUCAGGGAGCGUUUGUCUGCCCUUCAAUUGUAAGAUUUUUGUCGUAUACCAUCCUCAAAAAUUAUGUUUAUUGUCAGUUUGCUUACAUCAAUAAUCUUCACCAAUGAUCACAAUGAUGGUCUCGGCUCCUCUGAAACAAACACUUGAGCUGUUUCUACAACUUCAGCGAUCCUCACGAUGCAGUCGUUCGAGUGAUGCUUCCUUGACAAUAAACUGGAGUCUGAGUUUGAGUGUACUGGAGCUGAAUAUUUUGCCACAAGACAAUAAGCUCCCGAUUUCAGGUUGUUCAAAGAAGGAAAUUGCAUAUGCUGCUGAGUGCCCGGUGUGAAUGCUUUUGAAAAUGAUGACUUUACCAUACUCUGCAAAUUGUGUAAACUCAUUGGCCAGUUUGAGAUCACACCUGUUUACUAGAUACAUCUGACAGUGCAGAGUACCAACAAUCACCUCUGGCGGAUGAAUAAUGUUGCGGGGAAUAUAAUUUACCUGGAUUUUGGUGAUGCAUCUGCUGUUUAAUUUCAUUGAUAUAGGUACUUUAAUUUUGACUAUUUUGUUGCCAUGUAACUUUCCUCUCUGCAGUUUCUUUAAAUAGUUGUGAUACAGUCUGUUUGAACACUGUUAUAUAGCUUUUGAUAAAAAAAAAUUCUUUGAUUUAUUAAGUUUCCAGUUGCACAAUGAAUUAUAUCACUGUAUCUCUUAAGUUCAGAUUUAUGCUCACAUUUGUUAAGGGGAUGCAGAAUCUCCCGUCACCGCAGUGUUAAUUUAUGGCUACUUUAGGGAACAUUUUCUCUCAAACUAUUGGAGCUGGAGAGAGAGUUUUUACUGUAUGUGAAUUGAUAUGUCAUAACAAUACAGAAACAAAGGUUUUUGUUCAUAGAUACUACUUAAAGAGAUAUUAAAUUUUUCCAUUACUUUUCACUAAGUUAUCUCCUCUAAAUCUUUUGUAAAUCAAAUAAUUUGAAAAUCAUUGUUUCAGUAUGUACAAGAAACAUAUGUGACUAUGCCAUAAAAAUUUCAGACUUCUACGUUCAGCAGUGGGCAUUAUAAUGUUCCUAGAAGUAGUAAAAAGUAAACUUACUGAAAACGGAGAAAGAACAUUAAAACAUCCCUGAGCCACUGUUAAUACCUUCUUCACAAUAUUCCUAAUCAUGUUUAACUCUUCUUUUGGCCCCUCUUUGCACCUGCCUUGCUUUUUUCAUUAAUGUCUUAACUGUAUUGUUUGCACGCCUUUGUCUGUGCCAGUUUAAAGUCGACAUAGCAUAUGCUGUGUGGAAACCAGCAUGCACAGCCAGCUUUCCAAGGACCUUGCAUUUAGAAAUAUUCCCAGGAUUGAAGGUUGCCGCAGCAUCAUGCAUUUCAAAAUGCAGUGUAUUAAUUCCAAACAAACACUGUAUUUCGGAGGUGAUUCCAUAUCACACUGUUCAAACACUUGGGGUUCUGCCUUCUUCCAUGAAGACAUUUCAUCAGAAGACUUCUGUCAGCAAGAUCUCUGAAGAUGGGUAUUAGUCGUCUAUUGUAUUUACACCAGCUCUUUUCACCUCUGGGGCACAAACCUUGUUGCGGAUGCUCAUGUGUGUCUGUGGUGUAGAAAUUCAAAGGACAUAUAGCUUUCCACAUUUUUUCAAGACUGCCUGUAUUUUGUCUGAUUACUAGACCAUACCAAGGUUUUCCCGUCAUCUAAUAUUUUCCCUUUCAUAACUGAUUUCAACCUUCUCAGCGUGGCACCCAUUCUCUUCUGCACAUGUCCUAUACAUUCAAGUUUGCUUAUAUUUACACUGUUCCUACAUGGUUUGCUUUCCAAAACUUCUUUGAAUGCUUUAGAGUCACCAUAUCCCAGAUACUGUGCAUAGUGAACAUUACACUACUCAGAAGAGAGUUGAAAAAUUCUUUUCAUCCCAGCAACCUCUAUGCCACCACUACUACCAAACUAAUUAGCAACACAAUCAUCAACAUGUUAACUUUUCAGCCUAUAGAUGCAUCUGCAGUAUUUGGACAUUAUUGCAACGUCAAUAACCUUAAUAGUUUCAGCACUAGUUGCUGUGGCAACACCACUAUUGCGGGUGUGACCCCCUUUUUUGUCUCGUGUCAUCAGAAGCUACUGUGAGGUCACUGUUGUCUUCACUUUCCUUUACUGCUUCUUCCACAACUUCCUGAAUCAAAUUGUGUGCGACAUCUUCAACUGCAGAUCCUAGUACAUAGUUGUAAGUAUCAAACUUUGCAGGUACACUGGGAAGAUUUAGAACACCACAUAACAAGUUACCUGCUGCGUUACCCUUAUCAACCACUCACAACCCAUAGACUAACCUAAUAUUUAAACUACAAAAUUCAUUGUUCUUGUAUCCAUUAUUUGCAGUUACAGAAACAGAGCUUGG